AUGUUCCCAAAGGCAGCUCUGCUUCUGGGGCUCACUGUCGUGGGCAUUCACGUCCGGACCAUUCAGAAGGAAUUUGUAGACAUUAGUAAGGACCACGAUUAUUUUGCGGUGUCUGUGGAGUUCGCCGUGGCUUGGUUCAACAGUGGCCAUGAGGAGGGGCACACCUACAAGCUGCUGGAGGUCAGGCGAGCCCAGCAAAAAAACUGGACAAUGAUAUAUUUAAUGGACUUGGAGCUGGGCUGCACAAUUUGUAAAAAAUACGAUGAAGACAUUGACAACUGCCCCUUGCAAGAAGGCCCAGAAGAGAAAAAGGUGAGCUGCACUUUCAUUGUGGACUCACGGCCAUGGUUUACCCAGUUCACCCUCCUGAACAGCACCUGCCAGCAGAAAUGGGGCGGAGGAGUUCCUGGCUCCCACAGCAGCUCCUUUUCUCCUGAAGAAUGA